AUGGGAGACAAAUUGAGUUUAAAACACAAUGCAGAGACGUCUUCGCGGAGAGUCGUCGGGGUUUCCUGCUUCAACAGUGCUUGAACGGAACCUGGCGCUCGCCCUCCGUCGGCCCGCCACUCCGAGCAGCCCUCCGCCACCGUUCCAGCGCCGCGCAGCCGCCGUCGCCUCCUCACCUCAGCCGCCACCAUGACGACCACGGGCCCAUCGCUGGUGCGCCAGAACUACAACCAGGACUCAGAGGCCGCCAUCAACCGCCAGAUCAACCUGGAGCUCUACGCCUCUUACGUCUACCUGUCGAUGUCCUACUACUUUGACCGUGAUGAUGUGGCUUUGAAGAACUUUGCCAAAUAUUUUCUUCACCAAUCUCAUGAGGAGAGGGAACAUGCGGAGAAACUUAUGAAGCUGCAAAACCAACGCGGUGGCCGAAUCUUCCUUCAGGAUAUCAUGAAACCAGAACGAGACGACUGGGAGAGUGGGCUGAAUGCAAUGGAGUGUGCAUUACUCUUGGAAAAAAAGGUGAAUCAGUCACUACUGGACCUGCACAAACUGGCCACUGACAAAAACGACCCCCACUUGUGUGACUUCCUUGAGACCCAUUACCUGAAUGAGCAGGUAAAGUCCAUCAAAGAAUUGGGUGACUACGUAACCAACUUGCGCAAGAUGGAGGCCCCGGAUUCUGGCUUGGCAGAGUAUCUCUUUGACAAGCACACUCUGGGAAACAGUGAUGAUGAGAGCUAAGCCUUACACCGUCUUCCCCAGAGCCACAGGGUGACUUCCAUGGUCACCAUGGCAGUUGCAUGCGUGUUGGGUUUACCUUUACCUUUUCUAUAAGUUGUACCAACAUCCAAGUUCUUUCACUUGUACCAUUCCUUCAAAUAAAGUGAUUUGGUACUCAAAAAAAAAAAAAACAAAAAAAAAAA